AUGCGCUCCUGCAUCUGUUGUGGUUCGAGUGAAGAAAGGUUAGUGUUUUAAACAAUGUAAAGCGUUAUAAGUCGAUGCAAAACGUUCAGUCUAAUCUUCAGUUUUUGCAAGCGAUCUAAAGGAAAAACACACAGAAAAACUCCUGGUGAAGCGACUGAGAUCCACGUGACAAUAUUAUAAAGAUGGAGUUUAUUAAGGAGGAGAAUGAAGACGUGAAGAUUGAAGAAACAAUCAGAGUGAAACAUGAAUAUACUGAGAAACAAACAGACCUGAUGGCACUGAAAGAGGAGAGUCAAGAACUUAAUGAAAUGGAAGAGAAGAAACACCAUGAUUUCAUAACUGAAGAAAAAUCUUUCAGUUGCUCACAGACUGAAAAGACGUCCUCACAAAAAAGAGCUCAAAAGGCCACAACUAGAAAUCGUAUCACUUGCGAACAGUGUGGAAAGAGUUUCAAAAAAACUGGAAAUCUUAAAGUCCACAUGAGAAUUCAUACUGGAGAGAAGCCUUACACCUGUCAACAGUGUGGAAAGAGUUUUGAUCAACAUGGAAACCUUAAAGUCCACAUGAGAAUUCACAGUGGAGAGAAGCCUUUCACAUGUAAUCAGUGUGGAAAGAGUUUCACACAUAAAGGAACCCUUCAUGCUCACAUGAGUCUUCAUACUGGAGAGAGCCCUUACACCUGCAAAGUGUGUGGAAAGACUUUGGUUCGAAAAGAAAAUCUCAUGGCUCACAUGAGAGUUCACACUGGAGAGAAGCCUUUCUCGUGUGGCGAGUGUGGAAGAUGUUUCGCACGUAAAGAAACCCUUACUCAGCACACGAUGAUUCACUUAAGACAGAACUUUGUUUGUCAACAGUGUGGACUGAGUUUUACAGACAAGAAACACCUUAAGAGCCACGUAAUAACUCACAUCGGACAGAAGCCUUUUAUGUGCCAUCACUGUGGAAAGACUUGCUCGAACACAGGAAACCUCAAGUCUCACAUGAUAAUUCACACUGGAGAGAAGCCUUACUCCUGCCAACAGUGUGGAAAGAGCUUCCCACGAAAAGAAAGUCUUAAGAGUCACAUGAGACUUCACACUGGAGAGAAGCCUUACACCUGCCCUCAUUGUGGAAAGAGCUUCACGCAUAAAGGAACCCGUUAUACCCACAUGAGAACUCACUGGAGAGAAGCCUUUCCCUUACCUUUAGUGUAAGACUUUCACAUAUCAAAAACAUCUGAAAAGAAAUUUGCAAACUCGUUCUGAAAAUAAAUAGCAGCGUUAUUCGUCUUUUACUUUGUAUUUCUGAGCUUUUGAUGUUUUGUAUUGAUUUUCUUUGUAAUUGGCAUGACACAUUUACAUGACUAAUAAUAAAUAGUUAGGACCUGA